AUGCAGCCGAAGAGCAGUGGGAGCGUUAACGAUGGUUCGCUAGCCUCCUCCCAGCGUCUAGCCACCCAAUCAAUCGCAUCCCAUCCCAGGGUACCACAGCCCUCGGACUUUAAGUUCGGCAAGGAGAUCGGUCAUGGAUCAUUCUCCACAGUAUAUGUUGCCAAGGAGAUCGCCACGCAGCGUGAAUUCGCCAUUAAGGUUGUCAGCAAGAAGCAGGUCACUGCCAAUAAGUCUGUCAAGCUGGCUGUCUUCAUGGAGCGAGAGGUGUUGCGCCGCACUAGUCAUCCUCUUAUCGUGCGCCUUAUGUACACCUUUCAGGACCCCUCUCGCCUCUACUACGUCCUGCAGUACGCUCAAAGGGGUCAUCUCCUGGAUUACCUCCAAAAACUCACGUCUUUCAACAAACAAGGCACUCGGUUCUACGCCGCAGAGCUAUUGAUCGCUCUUCGCUAUCUGCAUUCCCACUACAUUGUCCAUCGAGACGUAAAACCCGAGAACAUUCUCCUCACCCUUGAUAUGCACAUCAAACUUGCGGAUUUCGGUUCUGCUGUCAUCCUCAACGACUCCUCUGUGGAGGCACCCGUCUUUACUGGCACUCCGGAGUAUGUCAGCCCUGAGAUGCUCCAGUUCUGUGCACCCCUAUCCAUCACAUCUUCGUCCUCCGACUCUUCGACCUCUGAGGAUGAGUCCCAUAAUGGGAGGAGUAAAUCGGAUGCUGCUGCAUCCUCUUCCACCCCCGCCGACUCAUCCUCUUCUCCUGAUCUCUCCUAUUUAAUGGAUUAUUGGGCUCUAGGCUGUGUUGUCUACCAAAUGCUUUCCGGACGCCUUCCCUUCCGUGCUGACAAGUUCGGACACCAGUUUGACGUGUUUCAGAAGGUUCAUGCUCUUAACUAUACCUUUCCUGAGAGGUUUGAUGAGGAGGCGAAGGACCUUGUCCAAUGUCUUCUCGUCCUCUCUCCCUCCGAACGGUUAGGUAGUCCAGCUACGGGUGGUCCAGACGCCCUUCUUUCACACCCUUUCUUCUCCGGUGUUGACUGGGAGGGUAUAAUCGAUAGUGAACCGCCCACUCUGAUUCCCAACUUAGAGCCGUUGGAGCACAACGACUGGGAUAAAGUACCCGUGGGUUAUACUGCUAGUCAAAAGUACUUUCUCUCACAGGAGCUUGCGCUGGCUACCAGUCAGAUAACAGAGCUACAACGCGAAGAGUUGUUAAAGAAACAGGCUGUGGAAAAUGCUUUCCACCGUUUUGUUAAGGGACGUCUGAUCGUGAAGCAAGGCAUCUUGUACAAACGUCGGGGGCUCUUCGCUCGGAAGCGAGUGUUCCUUCUCACUGAGGGGCCCCAUCUCUUCUACGUUGACCCUGAGGCCAUGGUGCUCAAAGGGGAGGUGCCCUGGAGCAAUUUCCUGCGCGUUGAAUGCCGAAAUAGCAAGAUUUUUUCCAUCAUUGUGCCCAAUCGAAUAUACUACUUGGAGGAUCCUACCGGUCACUCAGGGGAUUGGUUAAACAAGCUGCGCCAAGUAAAGGCUCUCUAUUAUUCGGAUCCUAUAGAUUGA